AUGAGCACUUCGCCUUUCCAGCGGACGUAUAUCGCCAAAGAUGACGAUUUUACUCAAAACCGCGGAACAAAGAUAGAGAGAAGGGGGUCGUGCAUUUUUUUUUAUUUAUUUAUUUGUUUUUUUUAUGUUGUUCUCCGUUUUUUCUGGGUCCUCCAGCUCCCCUCUCAUCUCCAUCUCCUCUCGUAUGACAGGCACGGACUGCGCUCGAGCUCGGGGAAGAAAAAGGCAUUGCAGCUUCAUGGCACUGAGCUAUGAUUCACUCUCUUGCAGCAGCAAUGAGCAACCAACUUCAAAACAGCUCUUCCCUCUCCACGGCAGGCACGUGGAAUCUCCUGGAUGUGCGGAACUCAUCACUGGUGAGAACGGCAGAGCUGCGGCCGAUUCCCGUUAGCCCAUGGGACAUUGCGCUGUGCGUGACAGGCACGCUCAUCUCCUGUGAGAAUGCUAUUGUGAUUGCCAUCCUGUUCUACACGCCCACCUUGAGAUCCCCUAUGUUUAUCCUGAUAGGGAGUCUUGCAUUUGCAGACCUGCUUGCAGGACUUGGCCUCAUUCUCAACUUUGUCUUCAUCUAUAUGCUGAACACAGAGAUUGUGACUCUGAUUUCCGUCGGCCUGCUGAUCGCCGCCUUCUCCGCAUCAGUGCUCAACAUUCUAGCCAUCACAGUAGAUCGCUACUUGUCUCUCUACAAUGCUCUGACCUACCACACAGAGCGCACAGUGACAUACACCUAUGUAAUGGUGGUUCUCAUUUGGUUGGUGGGCAUCAUCCUAGGCCUACUGCCACUGUUCGGCUGGAACUGCCUAGAAGAUGAGGCCAGCUGCAGUAUUUGUCGGCCAGUCACCAAGAACAAUGCUGUGUUGCUCGCUGUGACGUUCUUGCUAGUGUUUGCCCUCAUAAUGCAGCUUUACCUGCAAAUCUGUAAGAUUGCCUUCCGCCACGCACAGCAGAUUGCUGUUCAGCACCAGUUUAUGGCUAUUUCCACCACAAAAGGUGUAUCCACACUCUCAGUCAUCCUCUGCACCUUUGCCGCAUGCUGGAUGCCCUUCGCCAUGUAUUCAAUUGUGGCAGACUCCAGCUACCCAAUGAUCUACACGUAUGCAACGGUGCUGCCAGCAACAUGUAACUCAGUCAUAAACCCAAUCAUAUAUGCUUACAGAAACCCGGACAUCCAGAAAUCCCUGUGGCUAGCCUGCUGCGGAUGUGUUCCGUCCAACUUCUCCUUGCGGCCAAGGACAUCAAGCGAUGUAUAGGUCGGACUAUGUAUGAGCUAUGUCUAGCUCACAGAAUUGGUUUGUACUGUGUAAAUGUUAAUGAUAUGAUGUCCUUCCUUUGUAAGAUCCCAGACAAAUGUUGCUGGUUGUGCAGAUGUUGCGGUUACAAGUCCAAGAUGUCAACUUGCACUGUUUAAUUGGACGUCUUCAAUGCACAGUACAGCACUAUGAACAGUAAUAUCAAAUUGCAUCAUCAAUAACCAAUAAUAAGCCCAGUUAAAUUUAAAUAUGAUCUCAAUAAUCUGGAUGUUCUCAGAGAUGUAGUACAAGUCCAGCAACGCAA